ACAGACUUCACCGUGGUACGCCGUACGCGGCUUCUCUUCAGUCUGAGCAUUCGCAGAGCAGAGAGUGUAGAAGGCAUGUUUCCGAUGGCGUCUUCCUCACUAUCGCCGCCGCCGCUCUCACUUAUCCUCCUCCGGCCGCUCCCGUGCAGACCCGUCCUCCUCUCGAGGCAAAGGAAGCCAUUUCCAACUGUCCGCGUAGAAGCAAGGCCUGAGCAGCGGUUGCAGCGGCGGCCGGUGACCGGCCGGUGGAGGAGGGGCGGAGGCUUCGCGUGUUUCUCCUACAAUGCCAAUAACAAGACGCCCCCGCCAUCAGAUAAGAGUUCAGACAAGUGGGCGAUCCUUCGCCGAUGGGAUGUGCCAUGGGAGUGGCAAACCGUUGUGCUCAGCAUGGUAGGCUGUGGAGUAAGCUUUGUUCUGACAGGAUUGGUUGAGCAAUCGGCUUUGCAAUACCUGGGAUUUAAAGCUGUGGAGGCAACUAUAGAUGAGAAGGCAGAAAUACUCUUUUUUGGGCAACUGAGCGUGACAGUAGUAGUCCUUGGCGUUAUAUUUAGCAUCACCAACACUUUUCGACCAUUCCCAGAUGAUAUGUUUCGUUAUGAUAUUAAAGAACCAUUCAAGCUGCAGAAUGGAUGGCUUUUGUGGGCUGGAGUUGGCCUCUUUGGAGCAAUAAUUUCUAUUGCUUUAGCCGGAGCUGCUAUGACUUAUCUGAAUGGUGAAACUCCAGAGAGAGAGACUGAUUCACUAGUCCUUUUGUUGCCCCUGAUUGGCUCAUCCACUACCAGCACUGCCUUUUUGGUGGGAAUCACUGGAGUUCUAGCACCACUUCUCGAGGAGACUCUGUUUCGAGGAUUUCUAAUGGUGUCCUUGACUAAGUGGUUUCCUACUCCAUUUUGUGUACUUGUGAGUGCUGCUGUAUUUGCCCUUGCUCAUCUGACUCCUGGACAAUUUCCACAGCUGUUUAUACUUGGUGUUGCAUUGGGUUUUUCAUAUGCUCAGACCCGCAAUCUUCUAACUCCGAUCACAAUACAUGCAUUUUGGAACUCAGGAGUAAUACUUCUGCUAACCUUUCUUCAGCUGCAAGGAUAUGAUCUCAAGGAGCUCUUGGGAGCAUCGUGAAGGUUUGAACAAACCAGACAUUUUGUGCAUAAUAUGAUAUGAAGUAGAUCUAUCGGGUAUGUGCUCUUGCACACCUGAUGCCAGCAAAACCACGUGAAAAAGAAAUAUGAGUCUUCAAGUUAGCUGAUGGUUGCGUUUCCAGAAGUGUUACGAGGCAUCACUAGUCUGUAAAACUGUUUAUACUAUAAGAUGGCAGAUUGGCCUUAAUGUAAGAACAGCUGUCCUUUUUGAGAGUGUUUCUUACAACUGGAGUACUCAAUUAAAUUUUGCUGAUAUUGUUUAUUAAAGAAAGGUGUAAUGACAACUGACGUCAUGUUAUAUAUAUAUGUGUACAAGUAUGUGUGACGGAACCGUUGAUCCUCGCA